UAUCGCAGCCAACCCAACCUAACAUCUAGCAUAUACAUAUAAAGAAUUAUUCUUGACUGCAACCAUUUUCUUAUUUGUUUAUUUAUUUUCGUUUUUUAUUCAUUUCAUUGUAUUUUAUUUUCUUUAUUUCAUAUUUGUAGCUACGUUUUCGCGGAUUUGUGCGUUGUUUUUUAUAGUGUGUUUCACGUUUUUUACAUUAUGAAUUUGAGGAAGAAAGUUAGAGCAGUAGAUAUUUGCGCUUACGUCGAAUGUAACAACGGCCGUCAUAAAGGACAUCAUCUGUAUCGCUUCCCGAAAGAAGACAGUCCUCUUCUUAAAGAAUGGAUUUCAAAAAUUGGAAAUCCAAUUUUAAAAUAUUAUGCCAGCGCCACUUUAAGAAGCAUGGGCGUUUGUGCAGAUCAUUUUUUACCCGAAAUGUUCAAACCAAAUCCAAAAAAUACGAAUGAAAGAAGAAGGUUGAAGAAGAAUGCCAUACCCGAAUCACCAGAAUAUUUAAUAACAAUUGAAGAAGAAGAUGUACAAGCAAAUCAGCUCGUAAGCGAAGAACAGACGACGACAGAAGAAGGGGAAGAGGAAGAAGAACGAUAUCAACAUCAUCACUACUACUAUCAACAACAGCAAGAGGCAGAAGAAAGAGAGGUAGAAGAAAGAGAGGUAGAAGAAGAAGGAGAAAAUGAAUUAUUUAUUAAUAAACCAACACUGGACUAUACAAAGGCUCCGUUAAAAUUCUCUGACAAUGAGGAUUUGAUGGAAUGGAUAGCAGUUAAAUCACAGAUGAUCCGCGACGCACAACUUGAGGAUUCGACAAGGAAAACUUUCCGAGAAAUGAAAUUGGAAAACAAAUGUGCUCAGCUGUUGAAAAAAAAUAAAAAUUUGAAAGUACAAAUAAAACAUCUCAAACGAAACUUCCAAAGAGUCAAGAGAUCCAGAGAUCGAUUCCGUAAAAUGUCACGUAAACUAGAAACUAUCGAUGAAUUUUUAGACAGAUAUAAAUGCAAAAAUGACACCACAAGGGCACUUGUUAAGUCGCAGCUGGAAAGUGAAAGCAUAAAACAUAUAACCGAAGAAGAAGAUGAGUGCGAGGAGAAUAAUUAGAACAAUGGUCGUGAACUAUGGUCGUAUACAUAAGUCUAGAGUGUUGAAGAUGAUCCACGCCAUCAUAUGCAAGAAUCUAUAAGUUAGGAAUCUGCAAUGUUUGGUUUCACGUUACUGAUAAAAGAAACAAUUCAGUUCCACCACAAACGAGGUAUACUUGGUAUAGUUCUAUGUUACAAGAGAAUUAAUCUUAGAUGACUCAGAAAGAGAAAUCCUUUAUUAUAUAUAUAUAUAUAUUUUUUUUUAGUAAAAUAAAGGAACUCUUUCCUUACAAACAAUAAUGGUUCUGUGGGAUAAUGCAAUAAUUUUAAUAUAUCCCCAGUAGACAAUAGCUCUUUAGAUUUAACAUUAAACCUACUUUCCUUAUGAUAAGGUUUUUUUUAUAAUUAAACCUAAAUUUUAUUUUAUUAAUAAUUUCAGUAGUUAGUAGGCUGUAAGUGACAUUUCUGACGUGAUAUAUCUUGGAAACGAGAUUUUAUAUUAUUUUUUCACCGAUAGUAUUUCAUGCUUCAAUAAUUACAUCUUUUAAUUUUGUAACUUUAUUAUAUUUUUGAUUUUUUGAAUAAAUCCGAAGAACUAAUAUUCUCCAUAUGUUUUCAAUCUGAUUUACGUCAGGAGAACGUGCAGGCCACUCCAGAACAAGUAUUUUGCUUUUCGCAAACCAGUGUAAAGUAUGUAUCUAUUAUUUUAAAAUAUAUUUGACGGGUUUCAAAAGCAAGAUAUUUCGUCAUUUAAAUAACAAUUCAGAUAACCAUCUUCUACAAUUGGUACUCAGACUUGCGAAAAGUGAUCCACUGUUGGUAACCCCGACGUGCGAAAAGCGAUUUCAAAGUGAACGUGUUACAAUCGGUAUGACGAGUACAAACGGAGCCGACUGUGUGUCGAUCGAGCAAGGUCGAGUAGAUGCGGUGAACACACCGCUCCGCGUACCGUCGUUAUGGUCUCACGACACCGCGCUAUGGUUCUUGAUGCUAGAGUCGCAAUUCGAAGCUGCCCGGAUUACUAGCGAUAAGACGAAAUUCCACGCUGCCGUCACAAAUAUUACAACGCAGCAUGUGCGAUUAGUCCGGGACAUAUUGUUCGACCCGCCGGAGACAGGGCAGUAUGAACACCUCAAAAAGGAUCUGAUAAGGAGACUGGCAGACUCAGACUCCAUGAGAGUGCAGAAACGGGACCUACUACUACGACGAACACGAAACGGCGUUUCACGGUGGCGGACGUCAACACGCCUAUCAUCGGCAUAGACUUCUUAAGCCACUAUGGGUUACUAGUCGACCCUCGAAAUCGACGCCACAGCGACAAGACCAGCAACCUAUCGACAAUCGUCGGUAAGUUGACGUACCACCGACAUCUCGUAGAAUUUUCGGACGCGACUCGUCCACUCGUUCGGUAGAGACAAAAUACGACACAGCGUAGUACAUCAUAUCAAAAACCACGCCCGGCCCUUCCGUCUUCAACGAACCUUGACGCCUCGCUUCCGAUCGACGCAAGCAGGUGAAGGCAGGAUUUGAGACGAUGACUGAGCAAGGAGUGAUGCGGCCAGUGAAAAGUCCAUAGGCAUCACCUCUGUACAUCAUACUGAAGAAGAACGGAGGCCUAUGACACCGCGGCGACCGUGCGUUGAACGCUUGCAUCGUACCGACAGGUAUCCACCGCCGCUAUUGUCACAGACGAAAUGCCACAGACGAAAUCGGACUAAACAAAGCGAUAAGAUAACGAAGUUUCAAGCACGUUACCAUCAGGAUAACAUCCGGUCAUUCUAUCCGUUCCCAGAGAUGUAUGAUCAAGGCCCAUUCCCACUCCAACGAAUAAAAGAAUUUAAAUACACCCCCUAAAGAUCAUCCAAGUCAGUCUUGAACAGUCACGCCUAGAGCUCAGAAGUGUAUUGCAAACGAUAAAAAAUAAAGUUUCUUUUUUCCCUAAAUUUAUUUUUUUAUUUUACGUGACACUAUCGAAGACGUCGCGCAACAUCUGCACGGGUUUGACAAUAAGCGGCCGACGCUUUACCCCGCAUCGAAACGACAAAUCCGCAGAUACCGAACUCUCGCAACCGCACACAAAAACAACGAGCGAAGUCGUACGAUCGUAUGUACAACAAAAAAACUGUGUAAAAACUAUUGUAAAAAUAACUAUUGUAAAUAUAACAUAAAAAACGUUAUCACUGGUAAGGGGUGAUGUAGGGUGUGAUCAACAUCGUUAGGACAUACAUAAUGUAAUAAUAAACUCUGGGCAAAAUAAUGCCGCCGCUACGUACAACCGUCAAACGAAAACGAAUUUGAAUUUUCUGGUACUCUCCCGACCAGUAUAAAUAGACGACCAUGUUCUCUAGAAGUCAGUCAGUCAUGCCAAUCAAUACCAGUUUUUCAGUCUCAGUCUCGAGCGAUUUUAA